UAAAAAUUGCUUCUAUGGACCAGCCCUCUUGAGUUUGAAUUGACUUGUCUAAAAAAAAAAUUUGUUAGUAGAGAUGAAAGAGAUGGGUACACUUCACCUAAAAGGUACUAAGUCUGAGGUUUAAUGAGAAAUCCAUGAAUAUAAAGAUUUUGUAACCCAAGAGGAGAGGGGAUAGGCCAACAGAAUUCUUGGCUAGUUCUAGGCCUACUAAUGUUUCUCUGAUAUAUCAGUAUUCCAAUGGGAAUUUAAAAGCUUCUUACUUUUAGAUAUAGGCUUACUCUGUUCCUGUGAAUCAUGCCAGCAAGAUCUCGAUCACGUGAGAGAGAUGACAGACACAAUAGAGAAAGACGCAGAUCAAAAUCAAGAGAGAAAUUGAAGGAGAGAGAGAAGGAGCGUGAUCGCGACAAAGACAGAGAACGUGAUCGUGACAGAGACAGGGACCGUGAUCGCUUUCGGGAUCGAGACAGGGAACGUGAUCGAGAGCGAGACAGAGAUCGUGAUCGCGACCGGCAUCGAGACAGAGAUAGGGAGCGUGAUCGUGAUUUGGAAAGAGACCGUGAAAGUGAUAGAUACAAGGACUAUGAUCAGCAGGGUGCUGAUCGCUCUCAUGGACGAAGCCGAUCUCCACUAUCAAAGAAUAUGUCCAAGUCACCUUUUGAGAAAGAUGGAGACAGAAGUCGAGGACAUCGCAGUAAACCUGUCCAGUAUACUGGUGGGAGAACACAAAAUGUACAAGAAUCUGUUGCUGAGGAUGAACUCACAGAGGAAGAGAAGAAGAUGAAGGAAAUCAUGGGGUUCUGCCAGUUUGAUACAACGCAAGGAAAGCACAUUUCAGGAAAUGAUUCAGGCAAUGUUCAUGUAGUUCUCAAGAGGAAGUACCGUCAGUAUAUGAACAGACGUGGUGGAUUUAAUCGUCCCCUGGACUUUGUUGCUUGAUAGAAUCUGAAAAUUAUAAGUGAUGCCUAUAUGUUCCCUUGUGGAAAGACAUUUGACUAUCUUCUUUUGAAACAGUCUUUUAUCUUUCAUAUUUAAGAUUUUGAAUCCAAAAGAAUUGGUACUAUUGAAGGCACUUGAUAGUUUGGUCAGAGAUCUUUUCAUAAUUAUCUUUGUUUCUUGAGUUUAUAGAUUUUUCAUUUUUGUUAGCUAAAGAAAUUCAGCAGUACAUAAUUAUUUCCAGA